GCCGGCAACAUGCGCCCGCCGGAGAAGCCUCUGCUGCUGCCGCCGCCGCCGCCGCCCCUGCGCGUCUCGGUCGCCGCGGCCGCUUGCUGCCUGCUGCUCCUGCAGGUGGACGCGUAUUUCGGGUCAGCGGCGCUUCGCUUCUCCCCCUUUUGCGCGAUCGGGCUUGCUCAGACUUUCCGCAUGCAAUUUCCCUUACAUUUUCCCUUCCCCAAUUUUUUGGUGAGAUUUCCCCUCCCUUUUUUGCACUUACACUCCUUUUUUUGUCUGUAGUUUCUCUUUUUUGUUGUAUAAUUUUAUAUUAUUAUUUUCUGUUUUGCAUUUUGAAAUAUGCAUUUAAGCAACCUUAAAAUAUCAAUGACUUAUUCUCUUUCCGUGGCUCAUUUUGCAUACAUAAAUCCCUGCAUAUUUUUACAUCAACUAUACAAUUAUUAGUCUCUUUCCCUUUUUUUUUUUUUUGUGUGCGAUCCCGGCUCUUCUGUUUUGAAGUUCCUUCCAUUCCUGUGCGCAAAUUCUACCUUUUCCUUCUCGUUUUGCUUUUCUUUUCCUCCCUUAGCUUUCGACUUUUCUUCACUUCCUCGCCCUGCUUUUCAAAGUUCACGCGCUCCUCUUCUUCACUUUGCAUCUUGUUUUCGAAGGUCUUUUUCUUCGGUUAGCCAAUCUGCUGGGUUAACUUGCCUUGUGGAUUACAGCUUCACGACCUGGCUGCGAUCCUAAACACACUUCAAGCCAGCCCCGCAGAAUCCGGGAUCCUGCUGCACACCAGCUGCUAGGUUGUUGCACAUAGUUGAGACACUGGCUCGUGCACAUGCACUGGGAAAAUGUGGGAGCAUUGAAGGGUCCAGCCUCCUGGGUCCUGCAUGCAUUUUAGGGGUGUUGCAGAAUGAGAUUCUGUUCCUCCCCUCCUCCUGCCGCUGUUUAGUGAGCUUGUGUUUCCACUUGUAGCAGCAGAUCUCUACCAGCAGAAAUCUCUUUCAUUUGCAAAAUGCAUCGGAGCAGUUGAUAGAAAAGUGAUGUUGCUUUGCACAACAACAAUUUGGGGGCGGGAAGAGAUCUGUCAGUGUAAAUAUUCAAGACUGGAGUUUUCAAUGCAGGCGAUGUUUUCGUGCAUGCAUGUGUGAAUGUAACUGUUUUUGCACAGAGGUUGAUAUUCCAAUCUUUCCUUUCUCCAUUUUUGUCUGAAUUUGAAACCGCUUGCAUUCAACCUGGUGAUGUUUAGGGUUUGUAUGACUGACAUACAUAUUCUGGAGUUCGCUUGUCUCUGUUUAUUUCUUUUUUUAAAAAAAGCUUUAUCCAUAACUCUUGCUAGUUGAAGUAUGGGUGAGUUUGUUCUGCUGUGCUUGGGACGUAAUAUGCAGGUUGACCUGUGGAGGGGGGGAGACAAAUGUCUUCAUUAUAUUCAUCAUAGAAUUAUACAGUUGGAAGGGACCACAAAGGUCAUCCAGCCCAGCCCCCUGUAAUGCAGGAAUCUUUUGCCCAACGUGGGAUUUGAACCCAUGACCCUUAGAGUAAGGGUCUCAUUAUUAUUAUCUGUAUGUAAACAGGAGCUCUAUGGUCUGGUUUAAGAAGGGAAAUGCCCCAUUUCAAAGCAGUUCCAUGCGUCAUCUUGCAAUCAAUUGCAUAUUUUAUGUCUCUUAAUCCACAAAGAGUUCUUCACCUGCUUAUCCUUCCCUGGUCUUUCCAGUAAACACAAGGAUCACAUGGAUGCUGUUUUACAACAUCUGGGUUUGUACUGGAACGGGUGCAAAACUGAGGGAUGGACAUGUGUGUGCGUGCCUCUGUCUUGAAACGCAGUUGUGUGAAAAUCUGGGUUUCUUAAGACUUGGAUUUCAAGGGUGCAUAUUUGUGUGUUUGAAGUAUCAAAUGACUCUCCUGCUUUGGGGUGAAAAGCAUGUGAGUUCCAGCUCUUGAAACGGAAAACUUACGGUCGCACACAUAUUUGACACUGAGCUCCACUUAACUUGGCAAUACUGUCUUAAGAGUAACAUCCAUGGGAUUGUGCUGUCAACAUUCCAAUAUUCCGAGGCGAUAAACAAUGUAUAUCGAACCCUUCUUGAUGACAGCGUGUGGGAUUCUUGUUUCGUUUCUCUCUUUUUGCUUUACAUGCAAGUUUUGGAUUCUCAAAACGUAAGCUUCCAUUUUGCAAAACUAAGUUCUUAACUCUGCACUGGCAAAUGCAAGUGUUGUUGUGUUUUGAUAAAGAAAGAAAUGGUGCUCCACUGCGGGCUAUUUUUUUUAAUAUAAUGGUGGAUCACAAUAUUAUUUUUGCUGAUCUUAUUAUACUAUAUGUAUUACCUUUCAGUUCUGAGUUUGCACCUCUGCUUGAAAUGUUGUUUCUUCCAUUGCGAAAAAAAUAUCAAGCUUCCCUUUUUGCAGUCUGAAUUUUGAACAGUCAACUUCUACAUCAGGUUAGAUUAGUACAUCAGUUCUUCCCCUCUCCCCCAAACAGAACGAGGGAGCUCUGGAAAUAACACCAAAUAUAAUUAGAAUAGUCUCAUUCUUCAUUUGUAAGAAGGCCUUAAAAAUGAUUCAAAUAGACACAUGCUAUGUGAUCCAUUCAUUGGGGCUGGCUUCUGUGUUACGCCUAGAUAAGUGCAGCCUUAGGGGAAAUACUGAAUCUAAGACUGCAACCCUAUGCACACUUUAAAUAAUACUCAUUGCUUCUUAUUUCUGUGAGUAAAUAUACAAAAUUCUGAGUUUCAAACUUGGCACCCCUGGGGCUGAACCAGAAAAAACAACAACUUGUCAAUCAGAUUUCUGAGAAAGAUGUACUUUACAAAGUUGGGAAAACACUAAGAAUGUGAAAUCUUGAAUUUCAAAAGUUCAGAAUUUUGAGGUGGAUUCCAUAUGCAUGUACAAGGGUCAUCUGCAUUCCUUAUACAGUGGUACCUCGGGUUACAUACGCUUCAGGUUACAGACGCGUCAGGUUAUAGACUCUGCUAACCCAGAAAUAGUACCUCGGAUUAAGAACUUCAGGAUGAGAACAGAAAUUGUGCUCAGGCGGCAGCAGGAGGCCCCAUUAGCUAAAGUGGUGUUUCAGGUUAAGAACAGUUUCAGGUUAAGAAUGGACCUCUGGAAAGAAAUAAGUUCUUAACCUGAGGUACCACUGUACAAAGGGACGCGGGUGGCGCUGUGGGUUAAACCACAGAGCCUAGGACUUGCCGAUCAGAAGGUUGGCGGUUCAAAUCCCCGCGACAGUGUGAGCUCCUGUUGCUCGGUCCCUGCUCCUGCCAACCUAGCAGUUUGAAAGCACAUCAAAAGUGCAAGUUUCCCGGCGGGAAGGUAAACUGCGUUUCCGUGCGCUGCUCUGGUUCGCCAGAAGCGGCUUAGUCAUGCUGGCCACAUGACCCGGAAGCUGUACGCCGGCUCCCUUGGCCAAUAAAGCGAGAUGAGCGCCGUAACCCCAGAUUCGUCCACAACUGGACGAAUGGUCAGGGGUCCCUUUACCUUUUUACCUUACCACUGUACAAGGAACUUGUUUUGGCUGUGGGAAGUGAUAAGAGUGCUCCUGAGUUUGUGCAAAGUGCCUUUUCCUCACAGGCGAGUGGCUCCACUCUGCCUCCACAUACCGAGGAUUCUUCAGGAGAAAGGUUUUGUGAUUCCUGGGCAAGCUUGAGCAUCUGAACCUUUUGCAAGCAUGUGUUACCGUAAGUUGCACCCCAGAGUGAAAAGCAAGCUUGGAAACUCAAACAAGUUGCAAAGUUCCACGGGUACAACUGAAUAACCCUCAUCCUUAGAUGCACAGUGAGGGUGGGUUGCGAUAUGCACUUUCUUAAUCAGAAGCCCAGGAAUAUAGCUGGCCAUCCAUUCUAAGGCCAAAUGGAUGAAAUACUUCUGUUUGGGUGCUUUUCGCAUCCUGUGUUUUAUUAUCCUGCGAGCAGCACAUGCCAGGAAUUUAUUAUAGCCUACUUCAGUGUAAGGGACACGGGUGGCGGUGUGGGUUAAACCACAGAGUCUAGGAUUUGGCGAUCAGAAGGUCGGCGGUUCGAAUCCCUGCCAUGGGGUGAGCUCCCAUGGCUCCCAUUUCAACCUAGCAGUUCGAAAGCACGUCAAAGUGCAAGUAGAUAAAUAGGUACCGCUCUGGCGGGAAGGUAAACGGCGUUUCCGUGCGCUGCUCUGGUUUGCCAAGAAGCAGCUUAGUCAUGCUGGCCACAUGACCCGGAAGCUGUACGCCAGCUCUCUUGGCCAAUAAAGCGAGAUGAGCGCCACAACCCCAGAGUCGGUCACGACUGGACCUCAUGGUCAGGGGUCCCUUUACCUUUACCUUACUUCAGUGUAGAGUCUUAGACUGGGAAACAGAGUAUAUACUGUAUAACAUUCUUUUUAAAAAGAAAAAGGCAGAAAACAAAUGCUCUCAAGCCGAUCCUUACAAAGGCAGGCCCAAACUAUUGGUGUAGGGUGUAAGAUAGACUGUGAGUUGGCAAGUCCCUAAUUUCAAAUCAUAAAUCCAAUACAGUGGAACCUCAGUUUUCGAACGUAAUCCGUUCCAGAAGACCGUUUGGCUUCUGAAAAGUUCGAAAACCGAGGAUGAAUGGGCUGGUCGCAAAGUCAAUGGGGGGGAUGGGCGGAGAAGAAAACUCCCCGGAGGCCGUUCAACUUCCAAAAAACGUUUGAAAACAGAAGCAAUUCUGGGUUUUCGGCGUUCAGGUUCCAAAUUGUUUGGCUUCCGAGAUGCUCGAAAACCGAGGUUCCACUGUAAUUAAUCGCCUAAGGCCCCCUAAGUUCAAGACCUGUGCUCUUCCAAUAUGGGACAAAUAAUACUAGCCUGCCAUUUAAAAGGGCAGUUGUUGUAAGCAUUAAUUUGUGUGAAAUACUUGAUAAGUGCUAAAUGUUAGGUUUCAUAGUUCCUGUUCAGCAGAGGGAGCCUCAUAACCAGGCCUUUUUUUUUCAGCUGGAACUAAGUUUCGGCCCCUUUCAGGUGUGUGCCAUUGCCAUUUUAAGAGGACAUAAACAUGUAGGGCCAAGGAGGAGCCUUUCCGCAUCUGAAGUUUUGUUGUUGUUUAGUCGUGCCCGACUCUUCGUGACCCCAUGGACCAGAGCACGCCAGGCACUCCUGUCUUCCACUGCCUCCCGCAGUUUGGUCAGACUCAUGUUCGUAGCUUCGAGAACACUGUCCAACCAUCUCAUCCUCUGUCGUCCCCUUCUCCUAGUGCCCUCAAUCUUUCCCAACAUCAGGGUCUUUUCCAGGGAGUCUUCUCUUCUCAUGAGGUGGCCCAAAGUAUUGGAGCCUCAGCUUCAGGAUCUGUCCUUCCAGUGAGCACUCAGGGCUGAUUUCCUUAAGAAUGGAUACGUUUGAUCUUCUUGCAGUCCACGGGACUCUCAAGAGUCUCCUCCAGCACCAUAAUUCAAAAGCAUGAAUUCUUUGGCGAUCAGCCUUCAUUAUGGUCCAGCUCUUAGUGGUAGGUUAAGGAAGUGAUGCACAAGAAUCACAAUGGUCUGUAGAUGAGGAUGUGUUGUAGUAAGUAUUGGGUCAGACCUAGCGCUUUUGAGUUGUGCCUGAAAGCCAACAGAGCCAUCAUAAACGCUGUUAACACAAGUACAAAUUGCUCCUAGCAUAAUGAGCCUUUGGCUAAUUAAGCCGUCUUUUAAACUAUGUGUGUGGGGUAGUGGUUAUUGUUUCUGUUUGUUAUUAUGCUAUAGAUUUUUGUGUUUUUAUAUUUAAACUGAUCUUCGGAUGAAGGGCGGUAUAAAAAAUAAAUAAAAGAAACACUGGCCUGGCCCCCAUCAAACCAGAAUUUUUGCAGAUAAAACAGCCUUUUGAUGGCCUGGAGAAAAGUGAUAGCGCUUGCUCUCUCGUUACACAAAUUGAAUUGCUGCUUAAUGACACAAGAGAGGAGAGAGGCUGGUGAAAAAAAGCCGGCAACUUUCUCCUGGCAACUCGUCUCCUUUUUAAGCUCAGAGGUUGAGUUCUCUCCAUAGCUGAGAUAGAAGAAGCUUUGCUCAACUUGAUGAAACCUGCUUCUUUUGCAUUUAAAGGUACCGCACAACUCUAGAAGUGCCUGGGCAUCAUUUCCCUGGACUUAGUACAGAUUUGUAAACCUAGGUCCCGUUCCCCCCCCCCAAAAAAACGCCUUGUAUGUAUGUUUUGGAAGACUGGAGGAUUCACAGUCAAUCCUUUUGUUUAAACCUAUUUUCCUGGCUGCCCAAGUUCAUAUUUACAACCACACGUGGCAGCAUACAGUGGUGCCUCGCAAGACAAAAUUAAUCCGUUCCGCGAGUCUCUUCGUCUAGCGGUUUUUUCGUCUUGCGAAGCAACCCUCUUAGCGGAUUAGCGCUAUUAGCGGUUUAGCAGCUAUUAAAGGCUUAGCGGCUUAGUGGCUAAAAGGCUAUUAGCGGAUUAGCGGAUUAGAAAAGGGGGGGGGAAGCGAAAAAAAUCUCAAGACUCGCAAGACAUUUUCGUCUUGCGAAGCAAGCCCAUAGGGAAAUUCGUCCUGCGAAGCGCAUCGAAAAACGGAAAACCCUUUCGUCUAGCGGGUUUUUGGUCUUGUGAGGCAUUCGUCUUGCGGGGCACCACUGUACUCACUAAUACCAGGCUCUUUAGGCACUGGGUGGUACGUAACUUCGUUUUACUCAUAGCAGAACCAUUGAAAUCAUUGCACUAGGUCUCCAGCUUCUUUUGGACUACAACUCCCAUCAUCCCUAGCUAGCAAGACCAGUUGUCAGGCAUGAUGGGAAUUGUAGUCCAAAAGCAGCUGGAGACCCAAGUUUGGGAAACAGUGGACUAGUCCAACGACUAGACUAAAACUUGUUGAAUACCACCCAUUGCUCCUUACUCCUGAGCUCUCUUGUCCGUGUUUACCUGUUCUCUGUGGAAACCAGUGACCUAAGUUGAGAUUUCUACUUUGCAGCGGGUUGGGCUGGAUGACCCCGGGGUCCCUUCGAACUCUACAAUUCUAUGAUUCUAUAAUUUACUCACCUGUGAAUCCUAUCAACAAUGCUGGCUCCCAGUGUCCUCAGUUGUCCUCUUGUCUAUGUGUAGGGAUUGCCAGUGAAGACGAUGGAAUUCUGGGACUGGCAGUUCUUGAGAGCACAUGUCACUUAGAUUGGCAUGUUGUUGUUUUUUCCUCUUUGAAGCAUCAAGUCCCAUCAGUCUUUGCCAGCAUGGCACCCUCUAGUUGUAUUGGACUACAACUCCUAUCAGCUCCAGUUAGCAUGGCGGUGCUCAUGUUGACAUCCAUCAGUCUUGAGAGACAAUGGAGUGCGCCUCUGGGGAUGAAGUCAAACCAAGGGGGAAAUACGUCAAAACAGGAGGGUUUCUUAAGAAGCUGCAGGGUAUCUCUGGAUUCUGGCUAAUCCACCAGCAAUGAAAGUGUGCUCUGGAGUUUGCGUUAAGUUUUAGACUCUGCCUGCGCGUUGGCAUCCUGUUGUGUUUUUUCAGAGUCUUGGUUCUCCUCUUCCCAGAUUCGACAGUCUCUGCUCAAUACUGUUGGGGCACCUGUUUCGUUCGGUUUUUUAAUUUUUGUGGGGGCGGGGAGAGCGGCCCUAGCAGGGUCAGAAGCCACUUUUAAUUGCAGGGAAAAUCCUGGAAUGGACAGGAUACCAAAUGGGAUUUUUCUCCUUUCAGGAAGUGUACACACACACACAAACACACACUCAUCGGGACUUCUGCUAAGCAAGAAGAGGCAAUAUUCCCUUUUCCUUCCAGCUAUCAUUUCCUUAACACAAAACAAAUAUUGGUUAUUGCCUUAGGUGCCUUAUUGCCUUUGGUUGUUUAAGCAACUUAAGGGAGCAGCAGCCUUGUGACAGCUGCCUGCCUUUAAUUCUCGGAACAUUUCACCCAGCUGUUUGUCAGAAACGGUGCGUUGGUCUUCAGACUGUCGUUUUUGGGUGGAACUCUUAUUAGGUGUUUCUCAGCCACAACAAGAAACUGAGUAAUGGCAGGUGAUCUUCCGUGAACUUGUCCAUUCUUCUCCUGCAGUGCAGGAAGUUCUGGGCACCUGUGUUGCGUUCUCAGUACCUGAAGAGUGAUGAGGAUGCCUUUUAAUCCUGACCAGCACUCUCUCUGUCUGACAAACUUGCUGAGGUUGCAAAGUAGGUAAAGGUAAAGGGACCCCUGACUGUUAAGUCCAGUUGCGGACGACUCUGGGGUUGCGGUGCUCAUCUCGCUUUACUGACUGAGGGAGCCGGCAUUUGUCCACAGUCCAUGUGGCCAGCAUGACUAAGCUGCUUCUGGCGAACUAGAGCAGUGCGCAGAAACACCGUUUACCUUCCCGCCAGAGCAGUACCUGUUUAUCUACUCACACUAGUGUGCUUUCGAACUGCUAGGUGGGCAGGAGCAGGGACCGAGCAACGGAAGCUCACCCACUGAGCCCCUUGGGCUUGUCGAUCAGAAGGUCGGGAGUUCGAAUCCCUGCAACGGGUUGAGCUCCUGUUGCUCUGUCCCAGCUCCUGCCAACCUAGCAGUUCAAAAGCACACCAGUGCAAGUAGAUAAAUAGGUACCGCUGCGGCGGGAAGGUAAACGGCGUUUCCAUGCGCUCUGGCUUCUGUCAUGGUGUCCUGUUGUGUAAGAAGCAGUUUAGUCAUGCUGGCCACGUGACCCAGAAAUCUGCGGACAAACGCCAGCUCCCUCAUCCUGAAAGUGAGAUGAUUGUCGCAACCCCAUAGUCACCUUUGACUGGACUUAACUGCCCAGGGGUCUUGUACCUUAUAUAUAUAAUUGGGGCAAUCUAUUCCAGUAACAUCCAGCACGGCUAUCACCCUUGACACUUGCCUUGCUUUAGUAGGGCAAAACCACUGACUUGAUCUCAAAAGGGAGCUAGUGGGAUGGCCUGUAGUUUGAUGUCAGAACAUCUUCUUUGUAGAAAACCCAAGACGGACUUUCUGUGCCCAGAUCUCCCUAUUCCCAUCAUGCGCUGCAGUGCGGAGGUCUUGGAGCAUCAACAGGCACUGGCAUUGUAGCCAUUAUUGUGGGGUGGCAGUCACCAAUGGUGUUCGUGGGGCAGGAAAGAAAUACAGUGGUACCUCGGGUUACAUACGCUUCAGGUUACAGACUCCGUUAACCCAGAAAUAGUGCUUCAGGUUAAGAACUUUGCUUCAGGAUGAGAACAGAAAUCAUGCUCUGGCGGCGCGGCAGCAGCGGGAGGCCCCAUUCACUAAAGUGGUGCUUCAGGUUAAGAACAGUUUCAGGUUAAGUACGGACCUCCGGAACAAAUUAAGUACUUAACCUGAGGUACCACUGUAAUGGAGUUGGCACCUUGCCAGACAGCUCUGCUUCUCUGUUGUUGUUCAUUAAAUUUGUAUACCGCCCUAUAGCAGCGGUUAUAACGUAAAAUCAUAAUCUAAAAACACAAAAUACUUAAUAAAAACAAAAUCAACCCAAUAACCCCGCCCCUCCUCAACAGAGUUAUAGACAACAGUAGUUAGGCUUUUCCGCCAGCCAAAGCUGAUGGAAGGCACACCGUGCCAUGGAGGCCACCUGAGUCUUAGGUAACGGUAAAGGAUCCAGGAAUAACCCCAAGCUACUGCUGCCUUCCCAUCAAAGAGCCUUUAUGCUCCUGAGAUUAAAUGCCUUCCCCUCCAUGGUGACCAAAGGUAGAUUCUCACAUACAGUGGUACCUCAGGUUACAUACGCUUCAGGCUACAGACUCUGCUAACCCAGAAAUAUUACCUCAGGUUAAGAACUUUGCUUCAGGAUGAGAACAGAAAUCGUGCUCCGGUGGUGCGGCAGCAGCGGGAGGCCCUAUUAGCUAAAGUGGUGCUUCAGGUUAAGAACAGUUUCAGGUUAAGUACAGACCUCUGGAACGAAUUAAGUACUUAACCCGAGGUACCACUGUACUCCAUAUCAAGCCUGUCUUCUGUGCCCUCAACCACAGAGUACCAGAUUCAAUGGACCACAUUAUCUUUGAUUGCUCUCUACGCAGUAGACCUCGCCGACUGUUGCUGAGCAAAAUGUCGGACCUCCGGCCUAUAACUCGGAGAAAUCGUCAAAUGAGGUUUCUCCUGGCAGAUCGGGACAAAAGAUAUUACUGUUUUAGUAGCUUCCCUUUUAGCCACAAUUUUACCCAAAAGGGAUCCCAACGAACUAUCCUUUCAGGGAAUAGACAGGGCAAAGCAGAAUGUCUAAGUGCACACGAUCACAGUGUGGCCUUAUGGCCCUUGACAGCUUCACCCUUGUCCUUUAAUUAUCCCAGUGACCUUAAAUGUUUAUACUACAUUGGCUCCCAGUAUGUUUCCGAGCACAAUUCAAAGUGUUGGUGCUGACCUUGAAAGCCCUAAACAGCCUCGGUCCAGUAUACCUGAAGGAGCGUCUCCACCCCCAUCGUUCUGCCCGGACCCUGAGGUCCAGCGCCAAGGGCCUUCUGGCGGUUCUCUCGCUGCAAGAAGCCAAGUUACAGGGAACCAGGCAGAGGGCCUUCUUGGUAGUGGCACCCGGCCUGUGGAACGCCCUCCCACCAGAUGUCAAAAAGAACAUCAACUACCAGACUUUUAGAAAACAUCUGAAGGCAGCCCUGUUUAGGGAAGCUUUUAAUGUUUGAUGCAUUACUGUAUUUUAAUAUUUUGUUGGGAGCCGCCCAGAGUGGCUGGGGAAGCCCAGCCAGAUGGGUAGGGUAUACAUAAAUAAAUAAAUAUUAUUAUUAUUAUACUGUGGUGCCAAUAGAGGUAUUUGAUUAGAUAAUCCCAAGCUACGAACUCACUCCUUCAGAGGAAGUGCAACUCCAUCAAGAGCAGGCAGCCUCCCAGCGAUCUGGUAUAGGGUACCACCCACAAACAGUGCUUCAGUCUUAUCUGGAUUGGGUUUCAGGUGGUUGGCACUCAUCAUUAUCGAGGCAAGACACCGGUCCAGCUCUUCCACUGCCUCACCUGCAGAUGUAAAAGAGAAGAAGAGAUGAGUGACCGGGAAGGACGUCUGGAUGCCUUGUUCAAGGGUCCCUGGAGUCCACUAAGCGUGUAGAAACAACUGUCUUCUUUUGGGGUGGGGCCUGUUUUACUUCCAUAACCGAUAGAAAUCUGGGAGUGAGAUGGAUGGAGUUGCAGGGAAAAGGACUGCAGCUGUAAAAGGGUGCCACCCCGACCUAGGGCUUACAUCUCCUUGAAACUGCUACCAUCUUGAUUUGGUAGUUUGGAAAUUUACUCGUUUAAUGAUUAACCGCCGCCGCCCACUGGCCGGAAGAAGAGUUCUGGAGAGUGGAGAUGGUAGGAGCAUUCCACUGCCGGGGUUGUGGAGGGAGGGCAAGCGAUAAGCAUCUCUCUGUUGGCUUGUUCUCCUAGUGCUGGAGGCCUUUUGGCUGCACGAUGGCAAAGGCAUGCUUGAUAGAUCACAGGUUCUAUCGCACAGCAUCUUCAGGGGACAAGCUGUGUUGUGUUGGGUCCAGCAAGGGUCCAGCUUUGGGACUGGGCUUCUUGCAUUGCAAAAGAAGCGGCCGACCACCAGUUACCCUACUAAAGGGAACAUCGGGAGAGAAAUAUAAAGGGAUCAUGCUUUUCCUGCUUGCCAAGACAAACCCAGGGGCAAAUUAAUUGUGAAAAGGGGGGAAUAUGGUUUGUGAAUUUGAUUGCAGCAAAGAUUCUGUGUCCAGGGCAGCUGUCUACCAGCUCCAUCUGGUACGCAGGCUGAGGCCCUACCUGCCCGCAGACUGUCUUGCCAGAGUGGUGCAUGCUCUAGUUAUCUCCUGCUUGGACUACUGCAAUGGGCUCUACGUGGGGCUACCUUUGAAGGUGACUCAGAAACUGCAAUUAAUUCAGAAUGCGGCAGCUAGACUGGUGACUGGGAGUGGCCACUGAGACCAUAUAACACCGGUCCUGAGAGAUCUGCAUUGGCUCCUAGUACGUUUCCGAGCACAAUUCAAAGUGUUGGAGCUGACUUUUAAAUCCCUAAACAGCCUCGGCCCAGUAUACCUGAAGGAGUGUCUCCAUCAUUGAGCCCAGACACUGAGGUCCAGCUCCGAGGGCCUUCUGGCAGUUCCCUCACUGCAAGAAUGAGGUUACAGGGAACCAGGUAGAGGGCCUUCUCGGUAGUGGCGCCCACCCAUCAGAUGUCAAGGCAAUAAACAACUAUCUGACUUUUAAAGGAUAUCUGAAGGCAGCCCUGUUUAGGGAAGUUUUUAAUGUUUGAUGUUUUAUUGUGUUUUUAAUAUUCAGUUGGGGGCCACCCAGAAUGGCUAGGGAAACCCAGCCAGAUGGGUGGGGUAUAAAUAAUAAAUUUUUACUACUACUACUAUUAUUAUUAUUAUGCAGGGGGCUUGUGCAUUUUAGCUCUUCCCCCCACCCUCACAGGUUUUUCAAUCCCUGCUCCCAAGCUGCUUUCCCACUUACGGGAAUAAAAUAUGGGGGGACUGUCUUUUGGUUCUUUUGCAGAUGGCAAAGCAACUUUGCUGGGGGUCAGGGUUUUAAUUGCAAAAAAUAGCCUGUAGUGAAAAGGAACAAAUUUUGCAGACCUGAAGGCUAUGCGUUUCAUUUUAGACUUUUAAAAUUUAUUUAUAGGACCAGUCGUACAUCCUUUCAUUUGUAGCUUGGCUCAGGGUUUCGCUGCUGAUCACAGUUGUUAUUGUGCUGGCUGUAUGCUGGUGUUGUUCUCUUCAAUUGGUGAGAACGAUGACAUUGGUGACAGCGCUGGGCCCUGGUUUAAGAUUAAGCAAAGUCUUGGGGUUGAGGGAAGGAGUGGCCGGCAGAUGUGUGUUAACUUUAUUGGGUGAGCUGUUGCAAUAAUUUCCAUUGUUGGUGUUAAAGGAGUGGUGUCCUGCAUGAGUAACUGAUAUUUCCUCCCUAACUUUUCAGUCUCGUUGGCCAAAUACUUUCUUCCUCUCAACUAGGACAAUGUAAAGCUUGUGCAGUCACAGAUACCUGGUUUGGAUUCAAUAGACGCUUGUCGGUGAUGUUCAAUAUUAAUAAGCAGUAAAGGCUGGGAAGACACCAAGAAGGCCAAUUUAUUAUAUUUAUAACAUCACUCACGACAUGUCCCAGACUCCCCAAGGAAGCUAACAACAGGAUAAAAGCUAUUCAUAGCACCAAUUAAAUAUCAAGCACAGCAGCCAGUAAAAUUAUAAGGAAAAACAACCAAAGGAGGAAGAGGGCAGCAUAAAAGCCAACCGGCAAUGAGGCCAAAGGCCUGACAAAACCGGUAGUGCGAUGCCAUAGAGGAAGAGCAACAUCCUGGGGCAAGGAGUUCCAUAGGUGAGGCCGUGGGGAAAAGGUGCUUUCUAACUUUCCUGCCAAUUACCAGAAAGGUGUAGCAAGUAUGCAGGAGAACUUCCACAGCUGGCCUUAGUGGAGGGGCAGGUUGUAUUGGAGAAGAACAUCCUUUAGGUAUCCUGGUCCCAAGCCAUGCAGGGAUUUUAAGCUAACAAGCUUGUGUCUAGAAAUCUUUCGGGAUUGGUUCCUAAACCAAGCUGUGCUUGAAACCCUAGCAAUUGUGUUUUGCUUGCAGAAGCUGGCAGCUUCCAUCCAUGUAUACUGUGUUGACGUCGACCUGUCUUGAUUUGACUUAAGACGUAGAAUCAUAGAAUCAUAGAGUUGGAAGAGACCACAAGGGCCAUCGAGUCCAACCCCCUGCCAAGCAGGAAACACCAUCAGAGCACUCCUGACAUAUGGUUGUCAAGCCUCUGCUUAAAGACCUCCAAAGAAGGAGACUCGACCACACUCCUUGGCAGCAAAUUCCACUGUCGAACAGCUCUUACUGUCAGGAAGUUCUUCCUACGUAUGUGAGUCUAGCCAUGCUCUGGGCUAUCCUAUCCAGAAAAGAGCUGCUAUCGAUCAAUGUAGACAAUACGUAGCUAGACUCUGUAUAAGGUAACUUCCUAUGUUCCUAGGUGUUUUGGGUGCCACCCAUAUUCUGUAUGAUAUCAGGAGGGAUUCUUCGCCUGUAGAUACAUCUUCAACAAACCAUGUAGGUACCACCUCAUGGGAGUCAGUUGGAGGGUUGCAAUUUGGUUAUAUUUUUUCCUCCUCUAGCUCUUAAUACUGAACAUUUCCUUUAACUGGUUCCUCACAAGCCCUCAAGCUCAGCUUUAUAUUUUUAAAUAAUAUUAUAGGGGGUUUUUUCCAUAUAGAAAGUGAAUUUGUUACUCGACAAUUACAUUCCGAUUCAAGAAAACUAGUGACUUCCCGCUCACGUGACAUCGAUGUUUAUAACCCGAAUUACAUAGAAUUGUGUUUUAAGGUUCCAUUUUACCUAAUUUCAUCUUCUCAAGCACGUUUCUUAAUAUAUUCUGCUAUUUUCUUACAUUUCAAACCCUGCUGUGGUCUUCAUACAUGGGAAGUAACUUUUGAUAUAGACUAGAAAGGGUUUCCAGUCCUCUUUAAAAGGUUCUAAAUUUGUAUCUUUUAUCAGCACCGUCAAUUUUGCCAUCUCUGGAUAUUCCAAGAUUUUCAUCAAACAUUCUUCCUUGGAGGGCGUUCUCUCCUUCUUCCAUUUCUCAGCAUAGAGGAUCCUUGCCACUGUAGUCACCUACAUAAAUACCGUCAAGGCUUUCUUUGGGAUUUCAUUCUGGACACUAUUCAAAUCUUGGAAUAAUAAUAAUAAUAAUAAUAAUAAUAAUAAUGUGCUUUUUUAAAAAAAAUGUUUAGGGGUGUUCUCAAUUUCCUACUCAUAUUGAAAUACUGCCCCUCAAUAAGGCCAAACUUAGAUUCAGAAAAAAUGUUUAGGAGUAUGCGUACCCCUGCGUACCCCAAGAAAAAAUGCACUAAUAAUAAUAAUAAUAAUUCAUUCUUCUGCAUAUCAGAGCUAGUGUGUAUCUUGGGAGCACUGCACAUAUAACUACAUAGAGAGCUUUCCUAGUUCAUCUUGGCCUGCUGUAAUUUUCAGUGGAAUCGGUUCACACAUUCCCUUGCCAUUCGUCAAAUGGAGAACCACUUGAUUUCUUACUUGCAUGUGUGAACCAGACCUGUACACACCUGGGAGACAUCCCAGGGACGGGUAUAUUAUUGAUGGUUUGCCAAUGUUAAUCUGCAGCAGGGAAAUAGCUGUUGCUGGUUCUACUCUGUUUAAGGCCAUAACUUAUUUCUUCUACCCUUCAGCCUGACUGGGAAGGAAGCGCUAACUCAGUUUCCUCUGCUGGGGCCCUCGACCAACCCUGCCCACUGGAAGGCUCACCUGAAGCAAUGCGACCUGCUUCGCUUAUCCCGUAAGCAGAAAAGGCUUUGCCGCCGAGAGCCAGGCCUGGCCGAGACCCUACGGGAUGCCAUCCGUCUCGGGGUUGUGGAGUGCCAGUAUCAGUUUCGCAACGAGCGCUGGAAUUGCAGUCUGGACGGACGGGCCGACCUCCUGAAACGAGGUAUGAGUGCCUGCUUGUCAGUCAGCUUCCGAAAAUUGGGGUGGGGAGAGAAAUCUAGGCUUUCUCCGUUUGGGUCUUCCCCUUUCUCCUCACCCCCCAACACCAUCAUGGAAGAAAGAAAAGCAAACCAGGGUAGAGGUUCAAAGGUUUGCAUUUCUGAACACCUUAUGGCCAGAGUUGAUCAAGUGAUAACGUAGAACCCCCUGUGAAAACCUUUGCCAGGCUUGUUCGCUACUCUGAGCAACUAGGGUGCCUGCUGCUGUUAAAAAACAGUUGCUUAUUUAUUGCGGUUCUAUCCUACUUGUUUUUUCGGGACGCGGGUGGCACUGUGGGUUAAACCACAGAGCCUAGGACUUGCCGAUCAGAAGGUUGGUGGUUCGAAUCCCCGUGAUGGGGUGAGCUCCUGUUGCUCGGUCCCUGCUCCUGCCAACCUAGCAGUUCGAAAGCACGUCAAAGUGCAAGUAGAUAAAUAGGUACCGCUCCAGCGGGAAGGUAAACGGUGUUUCUGUGUGCUGCUCUGGUUUGCCAGAAGCGGCUUAGUCAUGCUGGCCACAUGGCCCAGAAGCUGUACACCGGCUCCCUCGGCCAAUAAAGCGAGAUAAGCGCCGCAACCCCAGAGUCGGUCACGACCGGACCUAAUGGUGAGGGGUCCCUUUACCUUUACCUUUAUCCUACUUUUUGCUCCAAGGAUCUCAUUAUUAUUAUUAUUAUUAUUAAUAAUAAUAAUAAUAAUAAUAAUACCCUGCCCAUCUGGCUGGGUUUCCCCAGCCACUCUGAGCGGCUCCUAACAGAAUAUUAAAAAUAGAAUUAAACAUUAAAAACUUCCCUAAACUUCAGAUGCCUUCAGAUGUCUUCUAAAAGUCAGAUAGUUGUUUAUUGCCUUGACAUCUGAUGGGAGGGCGUUCCACAGGGCGGGUGCCACUACUGAGAAGGCCCUCUGCCUGGUUCCCUGUAACCUCACUUCUCGAAGUAAGGGAACCGCCAGAAGGCCCUCAGAGCUGGACCUCAGUGUCCGGGCUGAACAAUGGUGGUGGAGACGCUCCUUCAGGUAUACUGGGCCAAGGCCGUUUAGUGUGGCAUGUAUGGUUCUCCCGCUCCUCAUGUAAUCCUCACAGAAACCCUGUGAGGUACGUUAAGGUUAGGCUUGUCCAAGGUCGCACAGUGAACUUCAUGGCCAAGCAGGAUUUGAACCCGGGUUUCCCAGUUUGUAGUCCGAUACCUUUGCCAUUCUUCCACACUGACUUUCCUACUCUUUCUUACUUCCUUUUCUCUGGGUUCCCUGGCUUCCUCUCCCUCAGGUUUCAAGGAAACGGCCUUCCUGUACGCGGUGUCCUCGGCAGCUCUGACCCAUUCCCUUGCGCGGGCCUGCAGCGCUGGGCGCAUGGAGCGCUGCACCUGCGACGACUCUCCGGACUUGGAGAACCGCAAGGCGUGGCAGUGGGGAGUGUGCGGAGACAACCUCAAGUACAGCACGAGGUUCCUGAAAAACUUCCUGGGCCAGAAGAAGGUCGGGAAAGACCUGCGCGCCAAGGUGGACAUCCACAACACGAACGUGGGCAUCAAGGUGAGGACAGAGGACCCACACAAUUUGCCUAGAGAGAGAGAGAGAGAGGAGUAGCAAAAGCAUAUUGUCCCUGGUUAUCCCCAAUCUCCAGCCUUCACCUCAAGAGCCAAGCUAGGCCCGGUAAUGCCAUAUCUUUGUCUUUCCCUGAGAACGAAUAUUCUGUGCUGUGUGCCUUUUCACAGUUGCACGGCGCAAGUGUGUAUUAAGCAAUAGGACACUAGAGCUUUUCUUUGGAGAGUACCAACUCUCUGCCUCAGAAUCAUUUUUCACGGCGAGGGCCAUGUUUAUCACAUGGGGAACCUUUCAAGGGACGCACGCUAGUAGUGGACAGGGUCCAGAAUAAGGGAAACGUGUGUUUUAUACAGUUAGGGUGCACAUUAACGUCUGAGUUUUUAUUUUGUUUUAUAUCUGUUGGAAGCUGCCCGGAGUGGCUAGGGCAACCCAGCCGGAGGGGGGAGGGUACAAACAAUAAAAUUAUUAUUAUAAAGAGAGAGCACACGAGAUAAAGGUAAUAACAAAAAUGGAAAAAAUAAAGAGGACUUCCGUUCAACUGUGACUAGAUUUUUAAAAAACAAAUACAGUCAUACCUUAGUUCUCAAACGGAAUCCAUUCUGGAAAUCUGUUGGACUUCUGAAAACAUUCAAAAACCAAAGCAUGGCUUCCGAUUGGCUGCAGGAGCUUCCUGCAGCCAAUCAGAAGCCAUGUCAGGAUGUUCAGCUUCCAAAAAACGUUACUUCUUACUUCUGGGUUUGCGGCGUUCAGGAGCCAAACCGUUCGAGUCGCCAGGCGUUCGAGAACCGAGGUAUGAAUGCAAAAGAGUGCACAACUGUUCAGUGGCCUCAGGAUUUUCCCCCUUUAUUCCCUCGCAGCGUUUUGGCUUUCCACUCGUGACCCUAGCAAAUGCCUGUCUUUCUCUCCCUCCCGCAGGCCGUGAAGAACGGCCUCAAGACCACGUGCAAAUGCCACGGGGUUUCUGGCUCGUGCGCCGUCCGGACCUGCUGGAAGCAGCUGUCGCCAUUCCACGAGACGGGGAAGCUCCUCAAGCUUCGCUACGACGGCGCCGUCAAGGUCUUCAGCGCCACCAACGACGCGGUGGGCCAGUCGGAGCUGGCGAGCCCCCAGCCCCACAGCCAUUUGCCGAAAGUCCCCGCCGGCCCCCGCCCCACCGACUUGGUUUACAUGGAGGACUCCCCCAGCUUCUGCCGGCCCAGCCGGUAUUCGGUGGGCACAGCCGGGAGGACGUGCUCCCGGGAGGCCAACUGCGACAGCAUGUGCUGCGGCCGGGGCUACAACAUCCAGACGCGCAUGGUGACCUUCUCCUGCCAUUGCCAGGUGCAGUGGUGCUGCUACGUUGAAUGCCAGCAGUGCAUGCAGGAGGAAGUGGUUUAUAGCUGCAAGCAGUGAGAAGCGGGCGCUGGCAAAUCUUGCGGGGAAACCGGCCUGCUCCUCCUUGGACUGCACGGAAGGCCGGCAGCUCGACUCGGUCCUCUCCUUUACAUCGGAUAUGGAAGUUAGCAAGGGGUGGGACUUGUAAGCUGCUGGAGUUCUGCAACCCUGGAUUUUACGGUUCUGUGGACCAGCAGCCAAUCUCCAGGACUGCCUCUGCUUUGGGAAGGCCGGUGCCAAGAAAAUAGUCAAGGACCUAUUCUCGUAAGAUUUCUAAGGAGCUGCCUUGUGUUUUCGAUCUAGCCUAGUCCAGGACUCUUGGCUGGGAGUGGCUGCCUGAGGUUUUGCACAGGGGGUCUUCCUCAGCCAAUUUUUCUAAACGGCAAAUGAAACUGGAACCUGAGCUGUGUAAAGCAUGGACCAAGCUGCCAGAACUUCUCUAAAACAAGGCCCAAGGGUCUGUUUUAAGACAGGGGUCUUGAGUCGCAGCUAGCCCAGGAAGAUCUGUUUCGAUGAGCUUCCAGGAGGGUGAAUGAAUGGGUUUUCCAUGGCCGCAACACAGCAUUUUCUUUGAACCAUGUGCCUCUUUCUGGGUAGCGCUGCAGCCUUUAGUCGCAGCCCCAGCUUCGGCCGAUGGCACCAUCAGGCAGCUGCUGCAGCCCCGCCAGCAGGGCCCACUGCUGAUUUCUACCCCGGCCCCCCUUUAGAGAAGCAGCAGAGCGCCUCCGUUUAAAGCUCCCACAAUGCCUGGCGUAACAUCGCUUGAGGUAAUUGUGAUAGAUCUAAACGGUUGCCCCUAGCCGGCCGGUGCUCGAUUCAGGCUACUGUUGCUGCCAGGACUCACUUGAGGUGUCUUAUGUGAGAAGGCACUUUGUCGUGCCCCACCAAAAUUUGGACCUGAUCCUGCGUGGCCCCACACGACCUGCUCAAAGGGGAACUGGGCUGUGCACCCCCAGUGGUAAGCAUCGUCUUUGGUUCUGCCCUGCAGUGGAUUUGGGGUGAGUUGUGGGGUAUCAUGCCUGAGAAGGCAGAGAUGAGUUGCUGCGUUCUUAAGGGACCCGAGCACAUACAGGAGGAGCAGAGAAUUCAGGAAGUGCGAAUGGACAAAGGCCAGCACCUGCCCCCAUUUUGUUAGGUUUUGGAAGAGCUAAGAUUUGGGGGAAGAAGAAGAAGAAAACUCUCAUAGCUUGAGUUUGCAAAUAGAAGCAUCUAUUGGGCAAUGACGGGGGGCAAACCUAGGAAUGUGGACACUAUUUCCAGUGGAACUAUUUAUAGUUGCGGGCGAGGGUAGAUGGACAGGUCCACUUGUUUUUAUGUGAAACGAGCAAAGAGUUAAAGCGGCUAAGGACUGGGCAGCUUCCAUGACAGGUCUGUCUGUAAGCCUGGGUCAAACAUACUUGCUUUCUUUCAUGUGAUUUUCUUGGUGUGUGUUUUUAAAAAGAGUGUUUUAUUGCAUUGCUUAGAUGCCGUUCAUCAUUCAUUGCCCUCACAGCCCUUGGCCUCAGCUGCCCACAAUACUGGUGUGUUUUUUUUGGUCACUUGGCUGUAGCGGCUUGUGUGAUCUUCGUUAGUGUCAUGAUGCUAAACCAGACGUGAUGUCGCAGCAACAAAGGAGUAAAACGGACCAAAAAUCUAAAGUGACCCACCCAAUAUCUGAAGGAGGGAGCCAGUUUGAUGCUGUUUUUACUUCAGCUUGAUGCUGGGGGCUUUUUGGCCUUCCCUGAGGCGGAAGUGAUAACUACCCAUAGAAAACAACAGAGAAAUCUUUACUUUUUGUGUAGCUGCGGUUGGGCGGUAACGUUGCUGCUCGGGUAACUAAAAAGAUGGGAGUUUUUGUUUUGUUUUUUAAAAAACUUUGGUCUUAUGUAACUUUUUUAACUUUUUUUUAAAAGGUUCAUGAAUAUAUAUAUAUUU